GGGGAUCUAUAAUUUUCUCUCCUUUUUCUCUAUAAUAACCUCCUGCUCAGGUUCAUGGUUAGGUUUCAAUGAAAACCCAGACCUGGAUCCAAGAUCUUAUAACCUUGACUGGAUGAAGUCUAUACCUGAAGAGACCCCACUAUCUGCUAUCUCCAUUCCUGGAACACACGAGAGCUUAACAUUAUACGGAGGACCACUUGCUAUAUGUCAAGUUUGGAAUUUGAAGCAGCAACUUAAUGUGGGAGUACGAUAUUUUGACUUGCAUGCUGGGAUUUGGUUGCCUACACAAAAAAAUGUUUAUAUUCGGGAUAGUCACUGGAUGUUUUGGCAGCAUACGGAAUUAGAUAAUGUCCUCAGAGACAUUCUUGAUUUCUUAAGAGAUCACAAAAGUGAGACAGUGAUUUUGAAAGUGACAUUACAUGGUCUUUACAAGAAACAAGUUGCUCAGUUGACAAAGGAAUUAAUUGACAACUUCAGAAAUAAAAUAUGGACACAGACGAUGACACCAAACAUGAAGGUCGCAAGGGGCAAUAUUGUUUUUCUCCAGACUGAUGUGUUUCAUGCUGGAACAGAAAACCAUGACUCACAUUUCUUUGAACGUAAUAGGCUCAAAAAUGUAGAACAGAGAUUAAAGCAAAUCAAGUCACACAUCUGUGAACAUCACAUUGUGGUGACUGAGACAUCAACGUCACUUUUCAACAAUCCAAAAAUAUUGGCUCGAAAUGUCAAUGAGCAACUUUACGACUUUGUGGACUGGCAUAAAAAAAUCUCUAAAAACUAUGGUUGCUUAGGUGUCAUAAGUAUGAGCUUCCCAAGUGCUCAGCUUAUUAAAAACAUCAUUCAGCUCAAACCAUGUGAAUGUGGCCAAGGUCCGGAAGGAGGAGGAAGUGGAAAGGAGCAACAAAAACCAUUUGGACCAAAGAUUAAUACAGUAGUACCGUCAUCUGAGCAAAGGACCACGAGUUCACCUGAACCACCCACAACACCUGAACCAGCGGGUGAACCAACUAAUGUAACUGCACCAAAAGGUGCACCAAAAAGCACAGAGACACUUGAACGAGUCACUGAACCGUCCACUGAAACUGAAUCAAUAGAUACUUCUGAACCAGUCAUUGAACCAACAACAACGUCUGAAAUGACAGCUGAUGCUGAACCAGUCACAGAAACAUCCACUCCAUCUGAAUCAAUGGUUACUUCUGAACCAGUCACUGAACUAACCACUCUGUCUGAAUCCAUGGGUACUUCUGAAGCCGUCGCUGAAGAAACAACCACAUCUGAAAGAACAGUUGAAAAUGAACCAGUCACUGAACCAUCCACUCCAUCUGAAACCAUAAUUACUUCUGAAACAGUCAUUGAACCAUCAACUCCACCUGAAUCAAUGGUUACUUCUGAACCAGUCCCUCAACCACCUAACCCAUCUGAAUCAAUGGUUACUUCUGAACCAGUCCCUCAACCACCUAACCCAUCUGAAUCGAUGGUUACUUCUGAAUCUGUCACUGAACCAUCCAGUCCUUCUAAAUCUGUGGUUACUUCGGAAGCUGUCCCUGAGCCAUCCACUCCAUCUGAAUCGGUGGUUACAUCAGAACCAGUCACUGAGCCAUCCACUCCAGCUGAAUCAAUGGUUACUUCAGAACCAGUCACUGAACAAACAACCACAUCUGAAACAGCAGUUGAAACUGAACCGGUCACUGAACAAUCCAGUCCAUCUGAAUCAGUGGUUACUACUGCAGUUGUCACUGAACCAUCAACUCCAACUGAAUCAGUUAUUACUUCUGAACCAGUGACUGAACCAUUUACUCCAUUUGAAUCGAUUGUUACUUCAGAACUAGUUACUGAGCAACCCACUCCAUCUGAAUCAAUGGUUACUUCUGAAGCCUUCACUGAACCAUCCACUCCAUCUGAAUCAAUGGUUACUUCUGAAGCAGUCACUGAACCAGGAACCACAUCUGAAAAACCAAUUGAAACUGAACCAGUGACUGAACCAUCCACUCAAUCUGAAACACCACUUGAAAAUGAGCCAGCCACUGAACCAUCUACUACAUCCAAAUCAGUGGUUAAUUCUGAAGCUGUCACUGAACCAUCUACGGCAUCUGCAUCAGUAGUUACUUCUGAAACACUCCAGGAACCAUCUACUCCAUCUGAAUCAAUGGUUAGUUCAGAAGUAGUCACUGAGCCAUCCAUUCCAUCUGAAUCAAUAGUUACUUCAGUCACUGAACCAACAACCCCAUCUCAUACACUAGUUGAAACUGAACCAGUCACUGAACAUUCCAAUUCAUCUGAAUCAGUGGUUACGUCUGAACCAGUUACUGAACCACCCACUCCAUCUGAAUCAAUGGUUACUUCAGAACUAGAAACUGAACCAUCCACUUCAUCUGAAUCAGUAGUUACUACUGAAGCAGUCACUGAACCAACAACCACAUCUGAAACACCAUUUGGAACUGAACCAGCCAAUGGACCAUCCAGUUCAUCUGAUUCAAUGUUUGCUUCAGAAACAGUCACUGAGCCAACAACUCCAUCUGCAAAACCAGUUGAAACUGAACGACCCACUGAGCCAUCUACUCCAUCUGAAUCAAUGGUUACCUCAAAACCAAUCACUGAACCAACAGCUGCAUUGGAAACACCAGUUGAAACUGAACCAGUAACUGAGCCAUCCACUCCAUCUGAAUCAGUGAUUGCUACUGAAGCUGUCACUGAACCACCCACUCCAUCUGAAUCAAUGGUUUCUUCUGAAGCUGUCACUGAACCAAGAACUGCUUCUGAAAAGCCACUUGAAACUGAACCAGUGACUGAACCACCCACUCCAUCUGAAUCAAUGGUUACUUCUGAAUCAGUCACUGAGCCGUCCACUCCAUCUGAAUCAAUUGUUACUUCUGUACUAGUCAGUGAACCAACAAUGGCAUCUGAAACAACAGUUGAUACUGAAUCAAUAAAAGGGCCAUCCACUCCAUCUGAAUCAGUGGUUACUUCUGUACUAGUCAGUGAACCAACAAUGGCAUCUGAAACAACAGUUGAUACUGAAUCAAUAACAGGGCCAUCCACUCCAUCUGAAUCAGUGGUUACUUCUGAAUCAGUCACUGAACGAUCCAGUCCAUCUGAAUCAGAGUUUACUUCUGAACCAGUGACUGAACCACCCACUCCAUCUGAAUCAAUGGUUACUUCAGAACCAUUCACUGAACCACCCACUCCAUCUGAAUCAGUGGUUACUUCUGAAGCUGUCACUGAACUAUCCACUCCACCUGAAUCAAUCGUUACUUCAGAAUCAGGCACUCAACCACCAACUCCAUCUGAAUCAAUGAUUACUUCAGAACCAAUCACUGAACCAUCCACUCCAUCUGAAUCAAUGGUUACUUCUGUACCAGUCAGUGAACCAACAACCACAUCUGAAACACCGGUUGAAACUGAACCAGUUACUGAGCAAACCAGUCCAUAUGAAUCAAUGGUUACUUCAGAAUCAGUCAUUGAACCAUCCACUCCAUCUGAAUCAGUGGUUACUUCUGAAGCUGUCACUGAACCAUCCACUCCACCUGAAUCAAUGGUUACUUCUGUACCAGUCACUGAACCAACAACCGCAUCGGAAACACCAGUUGAAACUGAACCAGUAAUUGAGCCAUCCACUCCAUCUGAAUCAGUGGUUACCGGUUACUACUGA